ACACGAGGUCAGAAGGCAGGUUCAAACCUAUCUGCGACCUGUAUCAGUUACAGUUAACGUGGCGUAAAGAACCUUUUAGUGGUCCCCUUCCCAGCCUCUACUCCUCAUUCCUUACAGGAGGCGGGGCUUUUUCGUUGUUGCUCUGAGUGAGCGGUAUGAAGCAGCCAGGUAGACGGUCACUAGCAGGUGCAAGUACCCACGGGACUCCACCCGCCGACAUGGCUUGUAUUGUCUGCACUGACCACAACAGGCUUAACACAGUUUCAGUGGACAAAGUGUGCUGAGCUGCUACCUGUCUGUGUGGAUUUGAUACCUUCAGACCCUGGUUUUCUCUCUUUUGUUCCUUCUGGCGGCUGGCACGGAUCGGCACCCGGCUACGCGAGAUUGUCUUUGGCGCUGUCGUGAGACUGUUCUUCGUCACAACAUCAGGUGCUGUCAUCACCCUGACACCUGACCUUUGAUCUGCGCGUGCAGCUAGAGUGACAAUCUCUCGUUCACAGUGUUGCCAGGUCAGAGAACACAGAACAAUACUACACUGGCGUCAUUUCUGAAGGUGCCCAUGCUCGGAUAAUCGUUUAUUGUUCUGUGGGCCUUGUCUUCUGAUUUAAACAGUCAUGCAAGCAAUCAGUGCAAACACACGGCCGCAGCGGUCGACUGGUACUUGUUUGAGAUAGAUAAUAUUUUUAAAGGUGAUUUUUUUUUCACACAAUGAAAGACACUAAGCAACGCCAUGUAGACGAGUGUUUCUCAAGACCAACACAGGAACUUCACUGGUCAUAGCAAACGAGGGUACAAGCAAACGGAGUUCCUUUUCUACAGCAUUCUUCAACUGGAGUGUGGUCAAUUCGGGAAUCCUCGGGUGCCCAGAGCUACUGAGAGGUAUUUAUCAGUUUUCUACCCAGCCACCCAAAGGGGAAUUAACUGUACCCCCCGUUAAGAAGGGAACUUGUAAGUAUUGUGUCCAUGCCUUGCUAACUGGCUGCAAUCAAGGCCUGGGUACCUACGACAACCACUCCAAUAUGAGUGGGAAAAAAGACCCUGAAAGUGGAGUACGAGUAGUGCUGCAAACAUUGCAUUAUUUUAAAAUCUCAGCCACAUGUUUAACUUUGUCAACGCUAAGGUGCCGGAUGUAGACUUCAGUAAGUGGUACCACAGGUGAAUACAAGUUGUGAUGCAAGAACAGUAUAUGUAUCAAAUGUGUAUGGACGUGGAGGAAAAAAAACCCAUACCUGUACACAUCCAUUCUACAAGGUUGACCUUAGACUGUGUACCUCACAGAAGUGAGUGGAACUUUUUUCUUGUCUUUCAGGGAUAUCAGUCGUAAAAGAAGGUAGUGUGUGAUUGACUCAGUAGAUUCAGUGGACCACAAUACAUGAAUAAUUCAUCUUCUCUGGGCUGCGGCUCCUCCUCUUCACCUCCCCCUCACUCUUGCGUGCAUUUACUGUCUAAAGCAGACAUCAGCUUUUCUUGGAAAUGCGAGUGCUGGUGAUUGUUUUUCGUCAGGUACCUGGACUCUUGAAGACAAAACAUUUUUUUAAGUGAGACGAAAUUCCACAUACUGUGUGAACAUACUAGUGAAUCAACUAGAGUGGGUGCAGUGUGAGAAGACAGACCGUUGAACAAAGUCGAAACGGAAAGCUCUGCAACACUUAAGCUCUUGUAACCAAUAGUGAGAAUCGAUGGUCCUCGGUUCAGAUCUCGCAUCGGGCUCUCUGUCCAUUUUUUCUGCAAAUAACACCAUUUACACGACUGACAACUUUGCCGUGAUAUAACCUCAGUUGCUGACACUUCGUUGAACACUGAUUGCCAUACACCCACCCUACAAUUUUCAGGGUGCUUCGCAGGUAGAUUACAGGAUCUUCAACAGAAGAUUAAAGCGCAGAGAAGGAUUGCGUGGAGUAAGCUCUGUUUACAUUGCUUCUGGAGCGUUCUAAUUGUAGUCUCGUAAAACAACUGCAGCAACAUUUCAUUACCACAAGACAGCUUUACUUUUGUACUUUACCUGACCACCUCGAAUGCUUCACUAAACUCGCCUUCACACACCUUUCUGCAGACCCUGAGGUCGUUUUGCUUCGGACGCCAGUUAGGUGAAAUUCCGGAUAUUCUCGUCGUUUAACGCAUGGAGCGAGAAAGCGCGAGCAAGAGUUCUCGACAGGCCGCCAGUGAAAGCUAGUUCCGUUCGCCCUUCAUUCCAUCGAUUGUUCGAGCUGAUAGGAGCGUGUGCGUGUCUGACUGCGAAAGUUUGCUUUUAAGUGAUUCACUCUACACCCCCGUGACCUGGGCGACAUUGGUAUUGAACACCUGCCAAUCCCCCUCUGUCCUCAGCUAGUGUUUAUGUAUGUCUGAUGUUUGCCUAGCUCGUGUACCGUUGCCGCAUUUGCUUAAUGUGAUCCAGGUCCAUACACAGAAAAACUUCAAGGGGGGGGGGUGUCUGUGCUGGGUGGGUGGAGGGAUUUCUGUAGUCAGAGACUCCGAUAUCGUGGCGAUAAUGGAAUAAUAGGCGGCUUUAGUUCGGACGUGUGGCCGAUUGCGUGUGUCAAUCACCUAGCCUUUUAUCAUGAAAGCCAAUGGUGGCUGUUCGCUGCCGUCUACCGACUCUCGUGGUAGAGGCUCUGCUGGCAGCCAGAAUGGUAAAGACAAGGAAAAGAGUAGCAGUCUUGCGCCACCUGGUGUCAGUGGGGGCGCCAGCGAUAGAGGUAACGGUAGUGGUGCCGGCGCUAAUGGUGGUGUCAGUAGUCGGAACGGCGUUGACAAGUCUGGCUCUCCGUACUGGAUGCGAAGGUUGGAGGAGAGGUGGCAGAAGCUUCACCGCAAGAUCAACGCUCCUUCACCCGUGAACUUCAGCGACCGCUGGGCAACCAAACGGCAGCACACCCGGCGGAGGUCAAGAUCACACGGCCGGCCAGCAGUCAGGCCCACGAAGGGAAGAUCCUGCCGGUGCGAAAACAAGGCUGCAGCGGGGUAGACAGAGGUUCGUGCCGCUCGAGCGACCGCAGUGGUGCAGCGACACCCGAUCCCUGUCCUCCGGAGAUUGUUUCUGAAAGCCAGUUCCUGCUUGUAAACUUGUCAGAGCCUCGAUCGCUGGCUAAGUGUGGAUUCUGCGCAUCGAGGGCGACAAAGUGUGACCACAACACCGUCGAACCGACUCAGGUUGAGCAGAGCUCGCUCACAGAUCUUGACCACGGAGCACAACUCGCCCCUGACACAUAUCUGACAGAGACGCGGAGUGCAGUGGAGCAUGGCAGCAGAUGCAGCAAUGGCGCAAGCUCCACCUCAGAGACGACGGUCGAGGAAGCAGCAGACGAUGCAAAGGGAGAUGUGAUUGAGGCAAGAGUAGUAGGUGACAAUGAGGUCGCAUCACGGAAUGUCAACGAAGGGGGGAUGAACGUUGGGAGGGGUGAAAUGGAGGACGAGUUCGGGGGACGUGUGCCCGCAAUACCCAACCUUCAGGCACGUGCUGACGUCAACGGAAAUCCUCUCCCUGGGACUAAGUCUCGUGCAGUCACGAUGAAGUCUCCUACUGGUGAUCUUGGUGGUAAGGAGACGGCUAGCAAACAUGAGGGAUGGAAGCAAGGCAGGAGGGGUGCGACGCGUCGGGAGGGUAUGCGCGUGUUCGCGCACAUGUCCAUGGAAGCGCGACAUGCCGUGACCGAGACGCUGCAGGAGAUGAGGGCGUCAGACCCAGGCCAGACAGACGGUGACCUCGACGAAGAUGUCAACGACGUAAACGAUGAGGCCGUCUGCGAUCCUUCUCAUCUCGACAGCUGCAGCGGGGAGGCUGAUCUGAAGGCGCAGCGUGUGAGCUCCGCCUCGUCCAGAGACCAAGCCUCGACUAGGAACCAGACACCUGCUAGAAACCAGGCAUCGAGUAGAGACCAGAGUUCGAGAGAUCAAAACUCGAUUGGAGAUCAGAUUCCGAUCAGACAUCGCUCGACACACGUCGCUGCAGAGCAACGUCCCCUUGUUAAGAAGCCUGGAGACAGAGCAGGUGCGCAGGUGGGAGGUGGGCAAGGAGGAAAGUCUCCCAGGAAUUCCCAAAAGAUGACCUCAGUGCGUGCAAGCACCCGAGUGCCUUCCAAAGCUGCAAAAGAGGAUGCGACGAGCAGUCGGGACAUUAAGCCCGGAGUAACGUGUGGUCGUUAUUUUAAAGCGGAAAUGACGUACAACCGCGACAUCACCAUCGAAGAGGUGGAAGAGGCAGGCGACCCGGAGCUCCUGAGUCUGGCUUCAGCUGACCCCCUGUCCUUGCUCCCUCCCGUGACCUUUGACCCCUCUCGCCUACCAACAAUCUCCAGCAGAACCGAGAAGCAUCUGCAUGGCCGCCUGCACGGCGCCAGAGGGCAACUGCAAUAUCGCAUCCGCGGCAUCGGCUCCUACCGGGUGUCCCGCGAGAGGACGUUCGAAAUCACGGCGCCAGACUUCGACAUCCGCUACCGAGAGGUCAUCACGUGCCAGAAGGGCGACCGAGACACGCCGCCGCCGGACAUCUUUGAGCAGUCAGUGAAUAAGGUGAAGGGCUGGCUGACCAAGUACCAUACUCCCAGAUAGCGUUUGUGUGCUCCCUGCCCUUGCUUCCAUCGUCUGCACAGUGUCUGUAGUUCUAUUGGGAACUGACAGAAUCGAACUCUGUUCGUGAAGACACUCAGGUCUGUUUUAGAAUCAGGGAAUGUAACUACAUGGUGGUGAGGAGUUCACUGUGGCUGUAACCAUGAAAUUUACAUAAAAUUCUACAACGAUAAAAAUAAUCCCGAAACGAGUCGUCAGUCGAUGUUGACAAAAGAUGUUUGCGAUGAUUCUGAAGAGCAAAGCAAAGGUCAGCUGCAGUGGAUGAUACCUGGGGUUAACGCCGAGAGGUCGUGUGUAUGAUCAGCAUAUCAACUGUUGUUUUUUUUAAAAUCGAGAGACAGUGUGAGAAAGAGAGGGAGAGACCGAAAGCUAUGUGUGACUAUAUGUAUUUAUGUGCGAGUGUUUUAGAGAGAUAACGAAAGAAUGUGUGUGUAUGAGAGAGAGAGACCGAAAGAUGUGUGUGAAUGUGUGUAUUUAUGUGCGUGUAUGUGAGAGAGAUAGCUAAAGAAUGUGUGCGUGUGUCCUAUUGUGACUGUCAAUGUACUAACAUGUGGUUUAUCAUGUAAUAAGAGUCAGAGGAAGUCGAGAACAACUUGUAAUCUUAGAAGAAAUAACCAGUCACCCUGUCGACAGUACACAAGCUCAGAUAUCUUUCCUCUUUUUGUCUUUGUUUCUUUAACAUUCUAAAUAAAUGUUUUAGUUUGCUGCUCAUCUGGUAUCGAUAUGAGGAAAGCUUUGUUCAUUUUGUAAAACUAGAAAGAUGGCUGCUUUGUGUUGACUGACAUCUGUGUUAUUCUACUCUCCACCUUAAGCUUUCUUUCUUUCUUUGAUAUAUCGUGAAAUGGAGAGUAAACUAAUUUUUAUAUGUGUAUGUAUUUAUGAGUGAAUGUAGAUGUAAUGGGGACAUCCGUCCUGUUGUAGUUCACACAUGUACCACGCGCUAACAAAAAUUUUACUUUUUACUUGAAGGGCAUUAAAUUGGAAUUUUAUUAAAUCGCUCUCUAAUUUCUUCAUUUGGUUUGUAUAAUAUUGAAUUAACCCUUUCUGUUGAUGAUGAUGAUGAUGAUGAUGUCUAUUUGUAAUGCGCAUGUAUCCAUUCAGAAGAAUGCUCAUUGCGCAGCAAAAAAAAAAAAAGACUUUUUCAGACUUGUAUUCACAUCUCUUCUUUUUGUUAACAAGCGGUUCCUCGCGCAUAUUGUCAGUGGAAUGUUAGGUUGUUUUUUUUUCUUUUAUGACCAGGAUUUUAUGUAAAAUAAUAAAGCAGUUUACGGAGUAAGGGUCACGGGGACAGAAUGCGGUCAAAGUUAUGCAAACACGUUCAGCCCUGUCUUCCGAGAAACUACUAGCGACCCUCCGUCUCAACGGAAGCAGCUACAAGCAACUUGAGCCUCCCCGCCCCCUCAAUGCUCCCCACCAGUCCUUUGAGUCAUCAGACUUCAAAGAACAAUUCUGGCAUACCCUGUAGGCAGAUAGGCAUAUCCUGUAAGCAGACAACAGAACAAUUCUGGCAUACCCUGUAGGCAGAUAGGCAUAUCCUGUAAGCAGACAACAGAACAAUUCUGGCAUAUCCUGUAGGCAGAUAGGCAUAUCCUGUAAGCAGACAACAGAAUGAUUAAGGCAUAUCCUGUAAGCAUGACACGGCGAUCACCUACACCAGCAUUUCUAUGUCAGAGGAGCAAAGCUCAUGAAAACUGCGGUCGGUCUGCUGGGUACUGAUC